UAUUAGAAAUGUCAACAGCCAGUAGACUACCACGAACAGUACUCCCCUCUUUAUACAACAUACUCAUUAAUCCGGACUUAAUAAAUUUCACCUUUUCCGGAAAAGUUGACAUAAAUUCAGUCGUUAAUGAACCUUGCCGUUUCGUAAGAUUGAAUUCCCGUGACCUCGAAAUCACAAAAGCAGCCAUUAUUCAAGGAAACAAGACACUUCCAGCCACAUGGGAGUACAACAUCCGAGCUCAGACACUCGACUUGCUCCUCCAGGAUGAUCUACCGAUUGACGCACGAAGAGCUUUUCCUUGUUUUGAUGAACCCGACAUGAAGGCUCAAUUUCGCCUAUCCAUAAUAUCCCCUCCAAAUAGAACUGAAGUUGAGAAAACAACGGUCCUUGAGGAUGGAAGACUCCUAAAAGAGUUUGGAACAACACCUCGAAUGUCUACGUACCUGGUGGCCUACAUUAUUGGGGAUUUUGAAUAUGUGGAGAGACGGAGUGAUCGGGGAGUCAGAAUAAGGAUAUACACCCCAGUGGGACGGACAGAAGAGGGGAUGUACGCUUUGGAUGUAGCGGUCAAAUCUUUGUCGUUUUAUGAAAAUUUUUUCGACUUGGAAUAUCCACUUCCUAAGCUCGAUCUUGUCCCUGUCCCGAAAAUAGGGGCAAUGGAGAAUUGGGGGUUGGUCACAUUCAGAGAGACCACAAUCCUUGUUGACCAAACGCUUAGUUCGGCUAGAACCAAGUCGUACGUAACGACUGUUGUAGCACACGAGUUGGCACAUAUGUGGUUUGGGAAUUUAGUAACGAUGUGGACUGAUUUGUGGCUGAAUGAAGGAUUUGCUACUUUUAUGGAAUAUUUCUGUUCUUCCCGAUGUUAUCCGGAAUAUAAUUUCCAAGCAAGAUUUAUAACAGGUGAGUUUAUGGAUUCUAUGAAUGUGGAUACUCGUUUAAACACCCACCCUGUUGAAGUCGCCGUUGAUGACCCUUCCAAGAUUGAUGAAAUAUUUGAUGAGAUUUCCUACUCCAAAGGGGCCUCAGUCAUAGCUAUGCUUUUUUAUUACAUUGGGGAGGCUGGAUUCAGGACUAGUCUGAGGUCUUACCUUACCAAAUAUUCCUACCAAAAUACUGAAACACGUGACUUGUGGAAUUCUUUUAAGGAAUGUGGUUUUAAUGUGGAAGGGAUAAUGAAUACGUUUAUUCACAUGCCAGGAUAUCCCGUCGUGUCCGUGAGUUGUGAUUCAGCCCAGGAUGGAUCUCUGGUUAUGGUAUUGGAACAAAAACGAUUCACAUUAUUGUCUGGAAGGACUGGUUCUGAAACAUUUGAGAACGGGGAAAGAACAUUCUGGAACAUUCCAGUAGGUUAUACUACUGAGAGUGGAGCUGGGAAUAUUAAUUAUGUGCUCUUGGAACAGCCUCGACAAGAGUUUGCUCUCAGAGAUGUCAACGACUCUCAGUGGAUUAAACUCAACGCAGGAGUCCAUGGAUUCUUCCGAGUUCAAUACUCAGCUCCACUGUUUGCCAAAUUGUUGGAUUCUGUUUCCAACAUUCCAAUAAACGACUGUAUAUCUCUCCUCAGUGACACAUAUGCUUUGGUAUUUCACAUUGUUCUAUUUCAGGGGCUUUGUGGAUAUAUUCCAAUGGAAAUGCUCUUCCGAUUGACAGAAAUGUUUACAAAGACAUACGAACUUUCUAUUUGGGAAGUGAUUUCUGAUUUCGUUCGUGACAUAACCAGGAUUGUGAGUGGCACUCCUGUAGACGGUCAGUUUACACUGUACGUACGCCGACUACUGAUGUCUGGAAUAUUCCAAUAUGUGGGGUGGGAUGUCCAGCCGAAUGAAACACAUGAAAUCUCUCUUCUUCGUAAUGUUGUAUUUGGGAUGAUGGCACGUUACGGGGAUGACCAAUUCCAAUCUCAAUGCAGGCAAGUGUUCGAAAGGAUACUCCAGACAGAUGCCUCCGUAGCCAUAGUAGACCCAAAUAUACUUUUGCCAGUAUCAUAA